AUGGCCUUGUACUAUGAUUACAGCGGGCGCACAGCCUUUGUGACUGGCGCGGCGUCGGGCAUGGGUCUGGCCGCGGCGACCGGCUUUGCCCAAGCGGGAGCCAACUUGGUGAUGGUGGAUCGAAACGAGGAGGCAUUGACUCGGGAGGCACAACAGCUCACGAAUGCUGGUCAUCGAGUGCUCCCCGUGGUCUGUGACGUGUCCAAGGAGGUCGAAGUGGAGCAGGCUGUGCAGCGGGCCGUGUUAGAGUUUGGCAGCUUGGACGCGGCGUUCAACAACGCGGGCAUUCAAGCCAAUGCGACAGAUUUGGCAGACACUUCAUUGGAAGACUAUGAUGUCAUGUUAUCGGUCAACUUGCGAGGCGUUUUUGCGUGCAUGAAGUACCAGCUGGCCCAGAUGCGCAAGCAGGGGUCGGGAUCCAUUGUCAACAACUCGUCCUUGGGCGGUUUUGUUGGUGUGCCCGGUCGCUCACCGUAUCUGGCAGCCAAACAUGGCAUUCACGGCCUGACCAAGACGGCAGGUCUCGAAUAUGCAGCGCGUGGCAUUCGCGUCAAUGCCGUGGCACCGGGUAUCAUUGACACGCCCAUGGUGGCGGGCAUGAUGCAGGCGGAAAAGGGCCGCUUGGGCACGCCAGAGGAGGUGGCGGCAGCCGUGCUCUGGUUGUGCAGUGAUGCAGCAAGCUUCGUGGUGGGCCACGUGAUUGCGGUCGACGGUGGAUAUGUUGCGAGAUAA